AUGAAGGCCUCCUGGAUUCGGCUGCUGAAACGAGCAAAGGGGGGUCGAGGCAAGAACGACAUCGGCUGUGGCUCAGCGGACUCUUACACCAGUCGUCCGUCUGACUCGGAUGUGUCUCUGGAGGAGGAUAAAGAGGCCUUACGCAGAGAGGCAGAGAGACAGGCCCAGGCCCAGCUGGAGAAGGCCAAGACUAAACCAGUAGCGUUUGCGGUGCGGACAAACGUCAGCUACAGUGCCUCUCUGGAGGAUGAUGUUCCCGUACCAGGGAUGGCCAUCUCCUUUGAGGCCAAAGACUUCCUCCACGUUAAGGAGAAGUAUAAUAACGAUUGGUGGAUAGGACGUCUGGUGAAGGAAGGUUGUGAGAUUGGUUUCAUCCCCAGUCCCGUGAAGUUGGAGAACACACGCCUUCAUCAGGAACAGAGAGCCAAACAAGGCAAAUUUCACUCCAGUAAAUCCGGAGCAAAUUCCUCCUCUAGUUUAGGUGAAGUGGUUCCAAACUCACGCAAGUCCACUCCUCCGUCAUCAGCCAUUGACAUAGACGCCACAGGUUUAGACCCAGAGGAGGGUGAUCCUCCCCCCAGCCAGAGGUCACCUAAGGCCAGCCCAAACCCAGUCUUAUCCCCUUUAGCCCGCGAGAAACGAAUGCCCUUCUUUAAGAAGACAGAGCACAUCCCACCUUAUGACGUGGUGCCCUCCAUGAGGCCCGUUGUGCUGGUCGGACCGUCUUUAAAGGGCUACGAGGUGACGGAUAUGAUGCAGAAAGCGCUCUUUGACUUUUUAAAACAUAGAUUUGAAGGAAGGAUAUCCAUCACUCGCGUGACGGCAGACAUUUCUCUGGCAAAGCGUUCAGUCCUGAACAACCCCAGUAAACACGCCAUCAUCGAGCGCUCCAACACACGUUCCAACCUGGCUGAAGUUCAGAGUGAAAUUGAGCGGAUUUUUGAGCUGGCUCGGACAUUGCAGUUGGUGGUGUUGGACGCGGACACGAUAAACCACCCUGCCCAACUGGGCAAGACUUCACUGGCCCCUAUCAUAGUCUAUGUCAAGAUCUCCUCUCCGAAGGUGCUGCAAAGACUGAUCAAGUCCAGAGGGAAGUCUCAGGCCAAACACCUCAAUGUUCAGAUGGUUGCAGCAGACAAACUGGCCCAGUGUCCACCUGAGUUGUUUGACAUCAUACUGGAUGAGAACCAGUUGGAGGAUGCGUGUGAGCAUAUGGCUGAUUAUCUGGAGGCUUACUGGAAAUCCACUCACCCCCCCAGCAGCAACCCAACCAACCCCCUACUGACCAAACUGACCGCCGCCGCCGCCGCCCUGCCCGCCAGCCCCACGCCCGUCUCCAACCUGCAGGGCUCAGGGGGUGAGCAGAGAGCCGACAGGUCGUUAGGCGAGAGGAAGACUUCGCAAGAAGAUCAUCACCACCGACACCAUCAUCAUCAUCAUCACCAACAACACCAACAGCAACACCAACACAGCGUGGAACAGGCAGACGAGGAGGAGGAAGAGGAGGGCGGCGAGGAAGAGGGGCCAGGGGCGGACGAAGAGCAGCGGCCUUUACGGACGGAACGGAGAUCGCAGCACACUCACCACCGCUCUUCCUCCACACGGACUGACCACCACAACCACCACCAUCAUCAUCAUCAUCAUCACCACCAUCACAACAGGACCGCGCGCACCAUCUCCCGACAAGAGACGGUGGAGAGCAGAGACUCUGCGUACACGGAGCCGCGGGCCGGACACGCCCACGCGCCUCCGCCCUCGUCCCGCCAGCACCGCGCCCAGGAGGAGGAGGAGGAGGAGGAGGACGACGACGAGGAGGACGAGGAAGAGGAGGAGGCGGACGAAGAGCAGCCUCUUCGUCACAACCAUCAUCAUCAUCACCACCAUCAGCGCGGGGAAGACGGAGGGGGCGGGCACCAGCGGGCGAGGGAGAGAGAGCACGACCAUAACGAGAGGAACAGACAGCGAGGCAGCGUGCAUCAGCACAGGGCUCAGAGAGACCAUCAUCAUCAUCAUCACUAUGACAGGCAGAGGUCCACUGAGGGAGAGGGCGCGGCCAAGAGGAGGGGAGAGACGGGAGAGUGGGCCAGAGAGCCUUACAUCCACCAAUGA